AUGUUCUCGCCCAGUGAAACUCAACAUAUGAUUUUAUCGAUAAGUUUACACUUGAUCGGCGUAUUAUGUAGCUUUUGGAUUUGGUAUCUCUUUCCGAAAAAUGUGACUUCUUUAUCCCAUCUCUUUCCACAAAAAUUUUUAUUUUUGAAUCGAUUUCAUUUCCUAGGAAUCAAAAAAAAGAAAUGGAAUUUCGGAAUUCCAAAUCAAAAUUCUUUUUUUAAUUUCCUUGGUUUUUUCUCGAUUUUUCGUUUUUAUAAAUGA